AUGGCAGCCGCAUUCCAAUAUACCUUAGUUGGUCGUUUCACUACGAAACGACCAACCAUAGGUGACAUAGAGAAGAUUUACAUGGCACUUGGAAAUUUUCAGGGCCGAGUCUCUAUCGGAGCUCGAGACUAUCGUAGCAUAUACAUCCGCUUUGAGCUAGAAGCGGAUUAUCGCCGAGCAUGGAGCCAACCCACUUGGAGAAUGGGGGAGUCUACCCUCCAUACCCACAGAUGGACACCACAAAAUGAAAUAGGGCACCAAGCACAUCAGUCUCAUGUGGUUCCAUUAUGGGUGGGCUUCCCUGGCCUACCUGCCCAUUUAUUUACGCCAAAGGCACUUGAGUCUUUGGCAAAUGCGGUGGGAACAUUCAUAUGCCUUGAUCCAGGCGUAAAAAUGUUCAACCGACCCGGAUAUGCACGAGUUUGUAUAGAGGUGGACCUAAUGGCUCCCCUCCAGAGGAGGACAAUGCACUAG